CCAAAACAUUAACAACUAACAAAAUGAAGAAGAUUAAUUUGUGAGCUAAGACCUGCACUACAAUUUCUCAGAUUUGAUUUUAAAAUAAUUUUAUGGCUUUGGGCUUGUAAAGUUCCUGAGACUUAAAUGGCCUCUGGCCCUAGUUUUCUGAGGCCAUUCCAAGCUAAGAUUUAUCACAAGACGUAGUAUAAAUGCAUUUCACAAAAGAAAUGCGGGGAGGAGACCAAACGGAUGUCAUUAUUAUGGACUUUAGCAAGGCAUUUGACAGGGUUCCACACAAUGGCUUGCUAUACAAAUUGUUUAAGUGUGGCGUUGAUGACAUUACAUUACAGUGGUAGAAAGUUUUCUUGAGAAAAGGAGACAAAGUGUAGUUCUAGAAGGAGAGCAUUCGCAUUCAGUUCCAGUAACAUCAGGUGUAUCCCAAGGAUCAAUGCUGGAGCCAUUAAUGUUUCUUAUUUUUAUUAAUGAUCUCCCAUCCUAUGUUAAGUCAAGGUUCUGUCUUUUUGCUGAUGACACUGUCAUUUACCUUACAAUUAAAUCUGAGAGCAAUUGCCGGCAGUUAUAAGAUGAUCUUCUUGAAGGUUGGAAAAAUGGGAAUCCAACUGGUGUAUGGAAUUUAAUCCAAGCAAGUGCAACAUUGUACGAGUAACACAAAGACAUACACCUUUCAAAUUUCAGUACAAACUUCAUUGCAAGGUCCUAGAAACUGUUGAUACUACUAAAUAUUUAGGGAUCAGCCUCUCGCAUGAUUAACGCCGGAAUGAUCAUGUAAAUGACAUUACCACCAGAGCAAACAAGACUCUGAACUUUCUACGUUGCAAUCUCUACACUUGUUCAGCCAAAUCCAAAGAACGAGCAUACAAAGCCCUUGUGAGACUGAUUGUUGAAUACAGUGCCAAACCACAUACCUAUUUCGAAGGUGUUCCAAUGAUAAUAAUCAUCAUUAGGACAGCUUUGGGUUAGUUCAAAAGGGACAGAUGGAAAUUGUUGUUGCUUGAAAUGUCUAAUAUUUAUUGUAAAUGUUCAUGAGUAGGAUGCCUAAAAUGGUUUCGACUCCAUUUAAAUCCUAUACCAAUUGAACAUUUAAGAAGGAGCCACCCACAAUGUGAGCACCAAUAACACAAAAUACCUUCUAGGAUUUAUUUCUUGUUUACACUGAAAAAUACUAAAAAUAAUAGUUAUUGUGUUUACAAUUUCCUUGAGGAUCUUACCAAAAUGAACAGAACUUUUGUAAUUUUAGAUAGAAUUUCAGCUCAAUUCUAUUGACUGUUUGCAGGAUGCUCAACGAAAUAAAGUGGAACAAACUGAGAAGGCUCGACUGCGACACAAACAUGCAUUGGAAAUGUUACAACUGGAGGAAGUAAGAAUUUUAUUAGUGUUUGGCAUUUUUUGCUAGUAGGGCAGCGUGCAAAGAAAGUAGUGUCUGAUAGCUUGCUGGGACCAGUGGAUUUUGCUAUCGGGUUUGUGAAUUCUGUUCUUAGCUUGCCCGAACAGGGGGCAACUGUGAAGUUUUUUGAGGAAUUCAAGUAGUUGAAAUGACUUUUGGGCUGGUUCAUGCUAGCUAUAGCUUACCUGAAUGGCAAGCUGUAAAACUGACUUUCUUUGCACUCUGUUAGCAUAAUUAUUAUAUCCUACAACAGUCUGCGUUAAGUGUGCUCUUUGUAGUUCACCCUUUUUACGUGGCUGGUUACCCUGUUGUCCAUCAUCAGCACAAUUUGGGUGGCCUGUGUCUUUAAAGUUUUACUCUUGACUUACAGCUACUUUUGUUUUUCUUCAUGUCUUCUACCACCUUAUUCUGAAAUGAUUCAAUAGUUUAAAAUAAUUGUGUAAAAUAAAGUUAUUUAUUUUUGUAACAAACUUAUAAACAGGAUCACAAGAAACUGAUGGAAGAGCUUGGGCAACUGGAAAGACAUGACCGUCAAAGACGACAAGAAGCUGUUGCUAAAAUCCCAGUAAGGGUUCUUUUCUCAUCCUCUCAGCUCAAGGUGUCUUUUCUAAGACAUCCUGUACUGUCAAUGUUCUCAUUAUGUACACCUCUACAAGAUGUCUAAUGUUGCAGAUUGAAAUUAAAUUCAAGAUAAAAAUUUUUUAUCCUACAGUACUGCUCAAAAGUAAGUUGAUAGUUUCAAUUUAAUCCUUGAAACUCAAUUCUUGAGUCUGGAAACUCAAAUGAAUGGAGUUUGCGAGAGAUUCUAGGUUUAAGAAUCAAGCCUCGAGAAUUUAGAAACCAGCAUUUUGAACUGCAAUAUUUGUCACUCAAACGGAUUUCAAGAAAACAAUUUACUUCCCAAGCAAUAGAAAAUAUUUCAUUUGCACAUUCUCUUCAGUGGUUCGCAGCAACUGUCAGUGCUUACAUUUACAAUUUUAACAUUAAUUUAGGAAAGUUUUUUUUUGGCAAUAAAAAAAGACUAAUGAAAGGUUUUUAUCUUGAAUUAAUUUUUGGAGAAUUGACUGUUUUUUUGUUUGUAUGAAGUCAGCUUUUCGUUGGAAUGAAAAAAAAAAAGUAUAUUGAUACAUGAUAUCAGUUUCCUUUGUUGCCUAGCCUGACGGAGUUGUCUGUAGUUAUACUCUAAUAAAUAUUUUAAAGUUUACUCUAACAUCUCCUUAUUUUCCUGGAAGCUUUUUAUUCUGGUCUCAUUCAAAAUCUUUGUCCUUGUUAUGGCCAAUGUGUUCUUACACAACUUUUUAAAACAACAAUCACAAGUCCAAACUGUAGGCUUAACAAAUAUAGAACAAUAAAAUGCAUUUGUAUAGUCUUUACUCUCAUAGACUUUAGCUCUUGACCAACUAGAGCUGAGAAGUCUCAGUUGUUUUAAAAUAAAGAUUAAGCUCUUGACUUGUAUUUUCUUUGAAUUUAUGGCUUCAGAUAGUUGUGCACUUUGCAUUUGGGCCAUAAAUUUGAGAGAAAAAAAUACUCAGCCUGUAACCACCUGAAUUUGUAUGCCAGUUAGUAGUAUUUAAGUUUGUUAUUGCUUGCUUGUUUUAGGUACGCAUCUUUCAGCCACCUCACAAACGUUUGGAAGACGCAGAAGAGCGACAGAGAGACUUAGAACAAGCGUUUGAAGACAUGUAUAUGAUGCAGACAGGUUAGAAUUCAGUUUUCACUUGAUCCCAGUGAAUUUGUUUGGCUUCACAUAUUUAAUAUGUAGAAAAAGACCACCUGUUAUCUUCAAAAUUAUUUGGUAGCAUAAAAUACGUACUAUAAUGUUAUAGGUGGUUUUCACGUUACGUCAUCGCCGCCAUGCUGGUGGACGGUAAACAAAAGAUCGCUCAUUAGCUCGCUUUGUUUGUCCACCAGCAUUUGUUCAUUUCACCAUUGUUAUUAGUGUCUCCCGAGAUUGCAUGAAAACCACCUAUAAACUAUGAUAAGUUUGGCUUGGAGUUGGUAAAAAAAUUAAAAACAUCCAAAUGAAUAAGCAGCAUCUAUCCAUUGAGGCUUGGUACUCUCUUGUAAAAAGCAGCCUAAAAGUUUGACUUAAGGUGGAUUUCCACUGUCUUGUAAUUUUUACUUGUGUACGCUCGUCAAUAGAGGAAAUGUAUGAGAGGUGUGGCGUAUACGUUAAAACGUUGAAACUCGAUCAGGUUUACGUUUGAUACAUUGCCUCUAUUUUAUUUACGCUCAUAAACGUUAUGUGGGUACGCACAAAAAAAAUGCAGUGGUGGACAUCAACCUUUAGUCCCUUUAUUGUGCUUGUUCCUUAAACAAUAUUAUUAAUAUUAAUAAAGCUUCAGUGAAGUACAACUGUAUACAUUAGUGGUUCACAUUAGUGAUUAGCCUGUGAGUACAGGCAUUUCUCCUCGCUCCUCGCCACCAGGGACGUUUCGCCAGGAGGAACAUCUGCAACUCAGCAACAGAAAUUCCAUACUGACUUUUGGAAAGCCUCCUGAGUGUAUGAAUUCUCUGUCUGCAGGUUACACAGGUGAUUUGACUGUUGCUCUUGAGCCCCCUGAGAAUUUGAUGACAGCAGUAUCAGAAGACAGUGCUACCUCAGGUAGUUAUUAUGAUCGUUUAGUCAGACUGGUUUUCUUCCAGUUAGUUGCAAUAAUAACAGUUACUGAUUAAGAGUCUUCAUAGCCAAUGACAUCACGGCUUAACUGACAGACGACCAAUAACAUCGCGACGUAUUUGACCAAUCAGAUCAAUACUCAGAGUGUUAUACCAUCAACUGACGUGAUACAACUCACUUUGACUCUGAAGAUGACUACCGCACAGGUUGUCGAAACGUCAGUCACUGUCAACAACAGUCCUAUUCAGGACUACGUUCUCCCGAACAAUCAAACUCAACCUACUUUUGUAAUGACUCAUGGGUUCAAACCUUUGAUAACAACAACAACUUCUUUGUUUCUAAAAUGUACAUAAGCCUGGGAGCUCAGACGUACUGUAAAUCCACUAUUAAGCCUCUUCUCAAAUAAGCCCUCCUCUCUUUUAAGCCUCCCGCCACUCCUCCCUCUUUUUAUUUUUCCCUUCACUGUAUUAAUCAAACAUGACUGUAAAACGUGAUGUGGAUUCAGGAUGGUUUUUUCACCAACUGGCAGCUCAGAUUUGUUAGUGAUCCUUGGCUGCAAUUUGACCUCCAACUUCUUGUACUUGAGCUUUUCCACUUCGUAUUCUAGUUCUUUAGGCAGAACUGAUACCAUCAUCUUUGCUAAAUUAAAUAUCCCCCCCCCCCCACCCCCAGGAGGGGCGUGAUAGAGGAUUUAUGGUAUUUCAGUUAGGUUAUGCAAGAGGCUCAAGAGGCUCCGUUUGUCAGGAUUCUUUUUGCAUGCAUUCCUUCGAGCCACUUAAGACUUAAACUACACAUUUGUAAGAAAUUGUUCAAAUAAUGCAAUCGGACAAUGUAGUAAUAUUGCUCUUUUUUUAAAAAAUGCAGCCUCAGAUAUUGAUAGAAGGUCUGUGGAAUCUGACGAGGCCAGAGGGGUAUGUCUAUUUUCUACGUUCAAACCACCACAUAUAUUACCAUCAUAAAAAUGUAAAAAAUACUUUCAGGAAAUAAAAUUAUCAGCUGUACGCACCGUGGGCUUAUGUGCGUGUUUGGACGUUACGCUCCUGGCCCUCAUUUCACGCACAUAACUUUCUAAAUCAAUCAUUACACCUUGGAGAUUAAUAAUAAAAAUAAUAAUGAACUCAGGAGUAACAGUUCAGUUUACUGUAAUAACAGGCCCCAUCUGCUGUUCGUCCAGGGAGGAGACCAGAAAGUGGUGGGCAUGGGAGUGAACCAGAAAAGGAGCCUGAAGAAGCGCUCCCUCGAGACAAUGUUCCGAAAGCUCAGACUGAAGGUACUAGGUAUAAGUAGGUGUAUAACUCUGUAUUAAAAAUGUAGGAUUCUCAAACUCUGAAUGGAUUGUUUCAAUCUGAUAGCAUGCCGUGGUAUUUUGACAUGGCAGUUAAAACUGACUUGUUUUAUUCAAUUUGGUAUGACACUGUCCUUGAGUGGGUUAGAAAACAACGUGGUCAUCAAGUCAUUUAUAAUGUGGUGUCUGCCAGUUGCAUGACCAAAUUUUAUCCAAGCUCAUGUGAGCUCAUGUGUGUCGUAAUCUGUACCGCCCCUGGAAUGGUCCCCUAAUGGAAUUAGUAAAUUCAUUUUGCACCUUCUAAAAUCCCUGGCUUUAGUAGUCAUUCCAAGAAUGACCCAGGGAUCAUUUCUUUAUCGGAAAAGAAAGGAAAAGGGGAUCAAAACGAUGUUAAGAUCAUGCCUUGUUUAGUUGAUGUGUUUUGGAGCCACAAGUAUCAAUUUUAGUCAUUGCAUGAACCUGUAUCCGUCGCCGUAAUUUUUAUGCCAUCUUCGAAAAAUUGUAAUUGAGGAGCCCUAAUUAACAUAAGCUCUAUAGUUUCUUUUAGGCCUCCUCGCCAUCUCUUCCUACAUUUUUUUUUGGCAUCUUUUUGUAAUUAUUGUAAUCGUGUGGCAAAUAAAUAAAAUACCUAAAAAAAAAUACCUAAAUACCUGUCUAGUUUAAGGCAGUUUAAUGGUGAACCAGCAGCAUAUUUCAUGAUUUAAAAUAAGGUGUAGAAGUUAACUAAGCUAGUCCUGAGACUAAGUGGCACUUAGAUGGUGUGACCAUCGUUGACCCUGUCUACUUGAAGUGGCUGAUGUGACAGAGGGCUGACCUUGUCAUUGGAAUUUCUCGAUCUGCAGAUCCGUUGAAACGUUUGCUACAGAGGAUUGAGAGGCAGCGUGACCAGUGGAAAAGAAGACAGCUGAUAGAAGAACCUCAACCAACAGCAGCUGCAUCCACAGGUAAAUUAUUUGAAUGAGUUUCAUUUAAAAGGGGUACAGAGUGACCCUGCCAUAGCCACACCCCGUGAAUGUGACCAUCCCCUUACCACAGGCACUUUUUUGUGUUUCGAAAUUUUACCUCUUUACUGACUAGUUGAAUUUUUUAUGAGAAUUAAUAAAAAAAACAAUAAAGCUUUUUUCGAAGCUGUUCUAAGUACGUUAAGGUCCGCUUUACAGGUAUUUGUGAUAUCCAACAGAUUGAUAGCCAGAAUUAAACUUUAUUUGUCAUCACAUACUUCCGAAAUAUAAAGAUAUGUAUAUAUAUAUUUCUAUAUCAUAAAGCGCCACCACUUUGUUAAUUUGACCUGUUUUUUACGACCCAAUCAGUUUCCUUUGAAUGUUGAAAUAACCAAUGAAAAUGGGAUAGCGUCCCCAAAACAUUCUUAUGAUACAAUUCGACACAACACAAACCCGUUCCCUUGCAAAACCUACUGAAACCCGUAAAUCCUCUAUUAUGCUCGGAGGGUGCGGGAGGGGGGGGCUGCGGCUUUUCAAGCACGUUUGUUUGUGUCCUUGCUCACUACUGUGAGCGUUAUUUUGUUCCAUACCCUAUUUUCAGAUGAUCUAUAAAGUCUCGCUUAUAGGAGGAAAAGGAAAUUAUUAGUUUUAUUUCAUCUUGCAGAUAUUCCUCGCACUUUGCCUUCAACAAAGCCUUCAUCAGAGGAUCAAGGAUACAGGUAGAUCAUAUAUUUUCAGAUGAAUGUUUUCUAUUAAAGGGUACUUUUAUCAUAACGUGGCUGUUGAACCUCUAUAAUUGGUUUUAUGGAUUCGCUGUUAGUUUACUGACGUUGCGAGAAACAAGGUCAAACCUGUAUUACACAGUCAAUAGCUGAAGUCCCGAUUUUCCACCUCCUUUGAAAAUAAUCCUGCUUUUACCUUCUUACAUUUGCAAAAGAGUUCCAGAAACCAUUCCUUUCUCCACCUCUCCUGAAAGCCUAGCA